ACACUUAAAGAUUGUUUCCUAAGUACAUUACCCUAUAAUCAUGAAAUUCGCUAUCGUAGUACUGUCUACCGCUAUGCUGUGCCAGGUAUCCUUGGCUGGAGUACUUGAACGAUUUCGAAGAGACACUGCUGCUGAUGGUUUGGAAUCGACUCUUGCUUUGAUGAAGCGAUUAGCGGGAGUCACUGGACCUCUUGUAACAUCUGUGCUUAAAGAAGUACCUAAAUCCGAUAACUACGCCCCAUACAGACAAGAAUUACAGGAAUACCUUGAAGGCUUUAACGAAUACAAAGAAAAAAAGGGUCUCUGCUUCCAAAAAUCUUCAGAUUUACUUGAAAAAUUCGCUGGAAUUGUAGAAAAGUAUGAAAAAGAAGACGCUCCCGAAGAAGCCAAGAAGAUUGAUGAGCUUUUCAACAGCUACAAUAGCGAAGAGUUGGAAAAGGAGAUUGACGAAUAUGUUAAGAAAAUGGAUGCUAUGUCCGACCAAAAUUCUAAUGAAAUCGAUGAGGCAACAGUUGGUUUUCAACUUCUCGAGAGACAUUCGCUAAAUUGGGCUCGGGGAUUUCCCGCACAGGCUAAUCUAAAGACUACACGUCAGAUUCGGAAACUGCGCCGCAGUCAGCCUGCGGUCAGGCUGCGGUCACGUGGAGGAAUCCCAUGA